AUGGUCAACCGUACAGAGGCUGCACAACUUUUGAAGCACCUUGAUAGAGAUAAAAGUGGAAAAAUUAGCUCACAAGAGUUAAUGGAAUUUUUGCACACCGUUAACUGUCCAUUCAAAAAAGAACAAGUUGAGAAGUUUAUCAAGCAGCACGACAAAGACGGAGAUGGACAACUAAAUACUGAUGAACUCCUUGAUGUUUUAUGUUCAUAA